AUAAACCAUACAGUUAUGUAACAUGUGGAAAGGAAAGUGUAACAUUGGAUAACGUAAAACAAUCUAAUAUACAUGAAGGUGAUGAUAAACCAUACAGUUAUGUAACAUGUGGAAAGGAAAUUGUGACAUUGGAUAACGUAAAACAAUCUAAUAUACAUGACGGUCAUGACAAACCAUACAGUUAUGUAACAUGUGGAAAGGAAAGUGUAACAUUGGAUAACUUAAAACAAUGUAAUAUACAUGGAGGUGAUGAUAAACCAUAUAGUUGUGCAACUUGUGGAAAAGAGUUUAGAAUGAGGCAUUUCUUAAAAUGUCAUGAAAGAAUACAUACUGGAGAAAAACUUUGUAGUUGUAACAUUUGUGGAAAACAAUUUAGACGUAGUACAGACUUAAAAAACAUGAACAAAUACAUACUGGAGAGAAACCUUAUAGUUGUGCAACUUGUGGAAAAGACUUUAGAACAAGUACAUACUUAAAAUAUCAUGAAAAAAUUCAUACUGGAGAGAAACCUUACAGUUGUGCAACUUGUGGAAAAAAAUUUAGAAUGAGGCAUUUCUUAAAGUAUCAUGAAAGAAAACAUACUGGAGAGAAACCUUACAGUUGCAACAUUUGUGGAAAACAACUUAGACGUAGUACUGACAUAAAAAAACAUGAACAAAUACAUACUGGAGAGAAACCGUAUAGUUGUGCAACUUGUGGAAAAGACUUUAGAACAAGUACAUACUUAAAAUAUCAUGAAAAAAUUCAUACUGGAGAGAAACCUUACAGUUGUGCAAUUUGUGGAAAAGACUUUAGAAUGAGGCAUUUCUUAAAAUAUCAUGAAAGAAAACACACUGGAGAGAAACCUUAUAGUUGUAACAUUUGUGGAAAACAAUUUGGAACUAAUGAUGAGUUAAAAAGACAUGAACGAAUACAUACUGGUGAGAAACCUUACAGUUGUGCAACUUGUGAAAAAGACUUUAGAACAAAUGAGGAAUUAAAAAUACAUAAAAGAAUACAUACUGGAGAGAAACCUUACUUUUGUGUUGUGUGUGGAAAAAAAUUUGGAUGUAAUAGUAACUUAAAAAGACAUGUACAAAUACACACUGGAGAGAAACCUUAUAGUUGUACUAUUUGUGAAAAAGACUUUAGAACAAAUGAGAAAUUAAAAAUACAUCAAGGAAUACAUACUGGAGAGAAACCUUACAGUUGUGUAGUGUGUGGCAAACAAUUCAGAAGUAAUACUAGCUUAAAAGAACAUAAACAAAUACAUACUGGGGAGAAAUCUUACACUUGUGUAGUGUGUAAUAAACAGUUUAGAAGAGGUUCAUUAAAACAUCAUCAAAGAAUACAUACUGGAGAGAAACCUUACUUUUGUGUAGUGUGUGGAAAACAAUUUGUAUGUAGUAGUAACUUUAAAAGACAUGAACAAAUACAUACUGGAGAGAAACCUUAUAGUUGUGUAAUUUGUGGAAAAUACUUUAUAACAAAAAAUGAAUUAAAAAUACAUCAAAGAAUACAUACUGGAGAGAAACCCCACUUUUGUGCAAUUUGUGGAAAAAGAUUUACAACAAGCAGUUCUUUAAAAAGUCACGAAAGAAUACACACUGGCGAGAAACCUUACAGUUGUGAUGUUUGUAUGAAACAAUUUAGAAGUAACUCUAGCUUAAAAAAACAUGAACGAAUACAUACUGGGGGGUUUGGUGGUCAUGAGUUGUUUCUGGUUAAAGGAAUGUGUCCUAAACUUGAUUGUCUGGUAGUUAGAGUGCUUGAGUCACAGUCUGAGGAUAUAAACAUCUGUUGUGGAAGCCAUUUUCCUGAUUAUCAUCUUUUAAAACAAGAAGAUCCUUUUAAAGACGUGAAAUCUUCAAAAUUAAACAGUGAUGUUUGUGGAAAAACAAAUUUAAAAGGAAGUAACAUAAAACAAUCUAAUAUACAUGAAGGUGAUGAUAAACCAUACAGUUAUGUAACAUGUGGAAAGGAAAGUGUAACAUUGGAUAGUGUAAAACAGUCUAAUAUACAUGAAGUUGAUGAUAAACCAUACAGUUAUGUAACAUGUGGAAAGGAAAGUGUAACAUUGGAUAACAUAAAACAAUCUAAUAUACAUGAAGGUGAUGAUAAGCCAUACAGUUAUGUAACAUGUGGGAAGGAAAGUGUAACAUUGGAUAACAUAAAACAAUCUAAUAUACAUGAAGGUGAUGAUAAACCAUACAGUUAUGUAACAUGUGGAAAGGAAAGUGUAACAGUGGAUAAUGUAAAACAAUCUAAUGUACAUGAAGGUGAUGAUAAACCAUACAGUUAUGUUACAUGUCAAAAGGAUAGUGUAACAUUGGAUAACACAAAACAACACAAGAGAAUAAUGUACAGAAAGAAACUGUACAGAUGUGAAAUUUGUAGUGAACAUUUUAGAUUUAUUAAUGAAUUGAGAAAACAUGAACAAAUACAUACUGUGGAGAAACCUUAUAGUUGUGCAACUUGUGGAAAACAACUUGGAUGUAAUAAUAGCUUAAAAAUACAUCAAAGAAUACAUACUGGGGAGAAACCUUACAUUUGUGACAUUUGUGGAAAAGACUUUAGAUCAAUUUCUGGAUUCAGGAAUCAUGAAAGAAUACAUACUGGGGAGAAACCUUACAUUUGUGACAUUUGUGGAAAAGACUUUAGAUCAAUUUCUGGAUUCAGGAAUCAUGAAAGAAUACAUACUGGAGAGAAACCUUACAUUUGUGACAUUUGUGGAAAAGACUUU